CACACACACACACACACACUGGGAAGUUCACUCUUAAGAUACUUGUGUUGGAUCUUCAUUCACUCGUUACUCUGAAGUUAUUGUGUUAGAAACUUCUUUAACAUUAUCAUGAAAAAAGACUAUGCAAAGACUGUCGUUGCUCUGGCCCUAAGAAGAGUCCGAGAGCGCAGGUGUUCAGCGUCUGCAAAUGAUGGCCCGACUAGGACGAUUAAAAGAAAGGCCACUCGUGGCAGGAAGACCCUUAGAAAAAAGACAAGGGUCCUGGAAACUGAACACCCAAACACCUCUAAGGGUGAUGUCGGUGUGAGAGGAGUGAAGAGGACAAGAUUUGACCUUAACAAGCAUGACAUGGACACGGCAUCCUGCUCAGCAGACACUGAAAGCUGCAAUACAUCUGUGUAUGAUGUGGGCAAGAGAGGUGUUAAGAGGAAGGCCGUCGCCGAUGGAGAAGGACCAAGCAGGAAAAUAAAAAAGAAAUCAAACCUGAAGGAGAUCAAACUGGAUUUGUCCAUCGCUGCCCUAACAGCAAAAUUUAAGGCCAAAUACCUCGAGCAGGAUCAGCUGGGCGUGGGAGGAUGUGGAUCUGUGUUUGCCGGAUAUCGCAGAGCAGAUCAUUUACCUGUUGCCAUCAAACGCAUACCAAAGGACAGAAUCCUCUGCAAAGAAGUGGACCAGAAUGGGAAGCAGCUGUCCGCGGAGGUCGCCGUCAUGUUAAAACUUGCGGCUGGAACAAGUGGAUCAGUGGGGACGUCAGCAUCAGUGUCCCUACUGGACUGGUAUGAUUUGAACCAGGAGCUGAUCCUGGUGCUGGAGAGACCAGUUCCCUCCAAGGACCUACUCAAUUACAUCGAGGACAACGGAGGUUCCCUACCGGAGGAACAGACCAAGAUCAUACUGACACAGCUUGUUGAUGCAGCAAUUGAACUUGAGAACCAUUGCAUCUUUCACCGAGACAUCAAGGUUGAAAAUAUACUAAUCGAGACCGGUUCAGAUGUCCCUCGCGUUCGCCUUAUCGACUUCGGACUGAGUUGCUUCACUAAGAAAGGAUCCCUUUACCGCAAUUUCUACGGUACCCCUUCUCACAUCCCUCCCGAGUGGUACAGUCAUUGUUCCUACAGGCCCGGCCCCACCACAGUGUGGCAGCUGGGAGUGGUCAUGUUUGAAACUCUCCAAGAAGUUCCAUUUGAGACCACCAAGUUCCUUGAAAACAAGCUGAGAAUCAGCAAACAGCUGUCCAAAAACUGCCAGGAUUUCUUGACAAUGUGUUUGACCGAAGAACCCCAGCAGCGUCUUACCCUGGAGCAGCUCCAACUUCACCCAUGGCUCAGAUAAACCAGCACUACACAGACACACACACACUCGCUUAAAGUCCAUAAAUCUAUCCAAUGCCAUACAUAAGUGUCAUCCAAGUACUAAUGCUGCUCUUUCUUUGACAGAAAGACAGAUGUGAGAAACUGUUGCUUGACAUAUUUAAUCGGACCUAUCUAAUUGAACUUGGAUAUUGGACUUUUUACAGUAAUUGGCCUUUGUUCAGAUCCUGUAGCACCCCCAGCCGUCCCAGGAGAGGGGAUCUCUCUUUGAAUUGCCUUUCCCGAGGUUUCUUCCCAUUUCUGCUAGCCUCAGGAUUUUGGGGAGUUUUUCCUUGUCUUCUUAGAGAGCUUGGGCUGGGUCAGGAGCUGCUGCUAAUAUAGGCUGUGAGAGCCUAAUUAGCUAUUAUGUGAUAUAAUAGUCUAAAUCCGAGCCAUAAAAAUAAACUGCAAUUAAAAUCAAAACCCAAUGAAUUCACCUUUUCAUCAUAAAUUAAAAAAGAGUGACAUAAACAAAACAAAAAUGAACAGGAAAACUUGAACAGACACUUGAACAGAAAAACAUAAUACAUAGGGAUAACCUAAAUAAAAUCGUUUUAAGAGAUUAUGAGAAGCUCCAGAGCUGAGGGGCCCGGUCACCUGCAGGUCUGGAUUCAGGAGCAGCCUGAGGAGACCUGCCUCUGGGAUAGCGCUGUGUUAGUAUGUAGGGGAGCAGCAAUUCCCAUCAACUCUAAAACUGAAAAUAGAGGUAAUGUGAUCUUGUUUUUUGGAAUUUGUGAAAAGCCCGGCAACUGCAUUUUGUACCAGGAAGAGUGAAAUGGUUUUGAGACUUAAAACCAGCAGUGGAGGAAGUAUUCAGAUCCUUUACUUAAGUAAAAGAAGGCUACUUCUAGGCUACUAAUACCACACAGUAAAAAUACUCUGUUACAGUAAAAAUCCUGCAUUAAAAACGUUCCCUCAGUUAAAGUCUGUAAGUAUAAUCAGGAAAAUGUAGUUAAAGUAUUAAAAGUAUAUCACAUCCAUCCCUGUGACUGUUAUAAUAUUAUAUAUUAUACAUAGAAAUACAAUGGAUUUUAUUUCUAUGAUAUUAUAUUGUUAGAUUAUUAUCACUCAUGCAUUCAUUUAAAAGCAGGAUUUUACUGUUGGAGUUGGUUGAGCUGGAGCUCAUUUCAUUAACUAAUGAUUUUGUUUUUUAUUAUGGAUUCAUCUGCUGAUUAUUUUUCAGUAAAAAAUACAACACCAUUUAGAAAUUAGAGGAAGCAGGUAUAAGUAGGUGAAAUAACUUGUUUACUGGUCUGUAGCCAGUCAUCAACUGCUACUCAGCAUGACUGCUGAAAUGAAACUAUUAAUUAUAAAUCAAAAUCAAAUAAAACAAAAAUGUUUUUAUCUACAUCAAGACUAAAUGUGCGAAUAAAUGAUGACAUAGUCAUUUACAUGGUCGAGCAAUGGAUAGCUGUGACUUUAAGGCUCUACAUCAGGGGUCUUCAAUGUUUUUUAAACCAAGGACCCCUUUACUGAAUAAAAAGGGACCUCCUAAUAAAUAUUGUAUAAAAUAAAGUUGCAUAUUAGACUAGGCCUACAAUACUGUGUAGGGCGGUCUAAAGCCUUUUUACAUACCUUUUUUGGAUAGAAUACUAAGCUAUUAAAAUCAUAAUUUU